AUGGUGGAGUUUAUCAUGACCGUAGAUAGAUGUGAGCAUGUUGAUAUGGCUUUGAUUGAGAAUGAAAGACAAGUGACAGAUGAAGAGAAUGACUUACAACUCCAGGUCAUAGAAAAAUUCAAGGAGAUGCAUGUGAGUGCAGAAUUGGAUGGUCUAGAAUGGGCCAUGGAACCUCAACUUGGUGUUACAGCUGCUGGUCCUUCUAGAGUAGAAGAGGAGGAGGAAGGUGACCAAUAUAUGGAGCCGGGUGUUGACCAUGAGGGAGAUGAUCCAGUUGGAGUUGAUGAAGAGUGGAGGUAUUUCAGGAAGGUUGUGUCAAUAGGUUCUAGCCAUACCUGUGCUAGCACCAGCCAAGUGAGGGGUAAGGAGGCUAGCAAAGCCUGGAUUGCUGACAGAGCAACAGAGGUACUCAAGUCUACUCCAGACCUGGGAGCAAAGAAAUUGCAAGUUGAGCUUGAAAGACAGUUCCCGAUCAAAAUAUCAUAUAAUAAGCAAUUGAAGAGAGCAAUUGGAACUCCACAUGGACUCACAACACACACAAAUGCUUGCAAAGGCUUAGAGAUAGCAGUCCACGACGUCUUCCAAGGUGACGUUGAGCAUAGAGAGUGUUUUAGGCACCUCAUGCAGAAUUUUAGAAAGCACUUCGAUGGAGAUGUGCUAAAGUACAUGUGGCCUUGUGCUUGGGCAUGUACUCCUAGGAGGCAUCACUGGCUUUGGAACAAAAUUGGAGAGAAUUGUCCAGCAGCAAUUCCUUACUUGCAAGCAGAGCACAAACAACUUUGGUCUCGAGCUAAGUUCUCAGGGGAAUGCAAGGUUGAUUAUGUGAAUAACAACAUAUCAGAGUCCUUCAACAACUGGAUUAAAGAGGCCAAAGGGUUCCCUGUGGAUGUCCUCGUGGACACAAUUAGGGGUAUGAUCAUGGAAAAGAUAGCUAUGAGACAGCAUAUAGCUAACAAACUUGAAGGGUCCAUUCUCCCUAGUGUUAUAAAUGAGCUAAAAAUGAAGAGUAGAAACUUGAAGUACACAAUUAAGGGGAGUGGUGGUCUCAAGGCUGAGGUAUCUGGAUUGACUAAGGACAACUAUCCUUGGAGGCAUGCUGUGGAUCUUGAAAGCAAGACAUGUUCAUGUGGGCAGUGGCAUAUUUCCGGAAAAGGAAAGAAAAACCAAGUACUUCAAACUCCACCAAAGCUCCUAAAAAAAUCUAAGAAGGCGUCUACAGGAACCUCUACUUCUUCUGAGCCCCCUACUGAACUUGCUGUUGAACCUAGUAAAAGAAAGGGAGGAUGUGGUACUUCAAAAUGCAAGAAUGCUUCCAAAAAGUCCAAGAAGAAUGCUACAGGAACAUCUACUUCUUCUGAGCCCCCUACUGAACUUGCUGUUGAACCUAGGAAAAGAAAGGGAGGAGGUGGUACUUCAAAGAAUGAUACAGGAAUAACCUCUACUUCUUUAGUCACUCAAUCACCUGGUACAGCUACAGCUAGCCCUCUACUUCCUUAG